AGCACAGGAAUACUAGAUCAGACACCGUAUUUGGCGCACAAGAGUGUAUAUAUGACCAAACUCUCCUCCCAAAGAAAGCAGACACUUGUUGCUCAACACCUCUGAAGACUAACCUGGCAUACUUUUUAGUGUGCAGUACUGAGAGAGCGUGAGCUCCAAAGCUCCAACAUUGCCUCGUGCAGGCACAGGAGAUAUGAACACCAUCCAUAACAACAGUACCUCUGCUAUCAACCCUCUCCAGACACUGCCAAAAAGCGCACACGAGACACAGGAUAUGGCCGUGUAUUGUGACAACUUCAGUGUUUACCACCAACAGAACCUACCUGCACCCCAGAGACCAGCGGGAUACGGCCUGAGCGAGUACACACCGAGUCCAAACCCAUACCUGUGGCUUAAUGGACCUGGCGUCAACGCAUCUUCCUCUUACAUUCAUGGAAACAACAGCGCAUCGUUCAUUCCUCCUACUUAUGGCUCUCAGAGACAAUAUCUCACGAACUCGUCCGGGUUCGCCGGUCCGGAUCUGGGCUGGCUCUCCAUCGCGAGCCAAGAGGAACUUUUAAAGCUCGUGCGUCCUCCGUACUCAUAUUCGGCGCUAAUAGCCAUGGCGAUACAGAACGCGCACGAGAAAAAGUUAACCUUAAGUCAAAUAUAUCAGUAUGUGGCAGAUAAUUUUCCGUUUUAUAAGAAGAGUAAAGCGGGGUGGCAAAACUCCAUUAGACACAACCUUUCCUUAAAUGACUGCUUUAAGAAAGUGCCGCGCGACGAAGACGACCCAGGAAAAGGAAAUUACUGGACUUUGGACCCCAACUGCGAGAAGAUGUUUGACAACGGAAACUUUCGCAGAAAAAGAAAGCGCAGAUCUGAAAACAACACAGGUGUUACCAGCAAUACAAAAACAGAGGAUGAUCGACAGCUUACAGGGAUGAAACACACAGACAGCAGCAAUCACCUUACUGGACCCGCAUCUCCUGACACUGAUGGGCCAAUUGAAAGCCACAAAGCCACAUCUCCUGCUCUUGCUCCAUGCUUCAAUAAUUUCUUCAACAGUAUGUCUGCUUUAAGCUCUUCUUCAGCACCUGCCAGACAGGGCUCUCUAGGUCUGGUAAACGAACUUUCCAGCCGAAAUAUUAGUACCUUGAGUCCGUACCACGUCAGCUCAGCAUCUGACGCAGGUGGGCCGAGUGACCUCCAGGACAGUGUUCAGGUUAACCGUGGGAUGUACUAUAACUCGUUUACUGGGGGCCAGGGCGCCCAGUUCAGUGGACACUUCUACAAUAGUUUCAGUGUAAACAGUCUCAUUUACCCUCGAGAUGGAACGGAGUUAUAAAAGCAGACAACAUCUAACGCCAAUGUCCACUAAGUGUGACAAACAAACAAAUUAAGGAAAAAGGUUUUCUAUUUCUGUACAAUGAUCAGCAGGCUAUAUGCAGAUAUCCUUGUUAAUGCAGCACACAUCAGACCUUUAUGCAUAAACUACAUCAAAAUGAUUUUAAAUAAGUAAUUUGUGUUAAAUUAGGUCUAUUAUGUGAGAACUGUAAUUACAUUUCCGUUUUAUUUAACUGAAAUUCACUGUAAAAAAAAAAGAAAAGUUGGAUCAACUUAAAAAAUGACUUCACUUAAUUUUUUUUACUUUUUUAAAUGUUAUCAAUUGAAGUAAUUUUAAGUUUUUAAGUUGAUCCAAUUUUUACAGUGUCAUGUGCCAUUUGUCCAUGCAGUAGUUUCAAUAAAUUCAUCCUUCAAAUUUGAAUUAGUAAAGGUCUGAAAUAUUUGAUGGCUUUGAUGGAGAAAUUGCCUUAUUUCCAGGAUUGCCAAAUUACAGUAUUGUUCAAUAUUGAAAUCAAGUUUGCCGACCUCUUUUAUUUGAGACUUUUGUAUUUUUGUACUUUUGUAAAAGUUGUUUUCUUGUAGUAGUUUGAACUAUUUAUAAUAACUUAUGUAUUCAUGCAGUUUUUUUGAAAAAAAAAAAUUCAAAUGUAUAUCUCUGUUAAAUGUCUACUUCAUAAUAAGUGAAAUUGCCCAGCAUGCACUAACUAAAACUUUACAUAUUUGAUCAACUUUAAAUUCAGUUACAAGUCACUACAUUUAAUGUUUAUUUUCCAUAAUUUUCGGAAAAACGAAAUUAAAAGUCCAGUAAAAAAUGUAACAGUUUUUUGUUUGUUUCUAUGCACUUCAAAACUAUGGCCUGUAAAUUUCAAUGUUUAAAAUGAAAUGUCAGAAUUAUAUUUUUAAGUCAAACAUGCAACAUUUGGUGGCCUUGAAAAGUGCCUUUAUAUUAUUUUAUUAAGAUCACACUUCUAAGCAUAAAAACAAAAAAAUAUAAAUUACAAAAAAAUAUUCUAAACAUGCUGUGUCAAAGUGUACUUGACAUUUUUCGG